AUGGACAGUAAGUCUAGUGUAUAUGACAAAUUCAUUGGCCACGUUGAUCAACUGCGCAACACAGAAUGCAGCCAAAAGCAAAAGAUUGCUUGCUUCCAGCAGAUUGCCGAGUGCAUCAUGUCGCCUGCCUUGGAGGGCAUAAAUUAUGCCGCACACUGUGGCACUGCCACCAAUGUAUUGUUGCUAUUCUGUGAAGAUUUUGAUUCGGUAGUGCGUAUGAGCGCCGAGGAGAAUCUGAACAAAAUAUUUCGUUGCUUGGAAAAGACGCGCGUGAGUCGCAUUCUGAUGGAUUUAUAUGGAGAAAUCAAGCGCAAUGGCAAUCAGCGAUCGCUGCGCAUUUGCUUGAAUCUAUUCUCCUACUAUGCGCCUCAGAUACGCGAGAAGCACAUCAAGUGGUAUGCAUUGCGUUUGCUGCAGUGCAUCAUUAUUACGUCCCAACGAAAAGAAACACUACUGCAAGAGACACUCUGUGAGUUUGUAAAGAGCUUUAGUCGCUAUGUGCAACAGGGUCUGAAUGAUAGCGAGACUUGUAAGCUGCUAGAGACAUUCCUUGGCAACAUCAGCGACGAUUGUGCGGUGAAGCGUAGAUGCUCGGCCCAAAAUUGCAUCAGUUUGAUUGAGCAUGCGCGCAAUAGAAGCCUCAUGGCGCGUCAUGCAUUGCACAAAGUGAUUGAGCUGCUGCUAUUGGAUCAACAAACAAGCUGCGUGCUGGGCGCCUUGGGUUUCCUGCGUUUGUUGCUGCCACGCUUUAUACGCGGCUACUCAACUGAUUGCCAAGAUGAUGCUGAGUCUUUAGCAGGCAACCUGCAGCAGCAACAACAACACGAGCAACAACAAGCAGCCACAACGGCGGACUGUCGGCAAAUUAUUGAAAUUUAUGAUUACUGUUUGCACCUGCUGAGCACGCAGCAGACAACGAAUCACGCCAUCAUAAAUGCUGCAUUGGAGGUCAUCAAUAGCAUACUCCAGGCCUUGGAUGCCACAGCAACAGAGUUGUCUUUGGCCGAAGGUUUGCGUCAACUGCUGUGCAAUCAACAUUUGCAGCACAACGAAUAUUUGCGACGAAGGAAAUCAUUAAAAAAUCAAAUAUUCCAAUUGAAGAAUUACGAAGUGGCGACAAGUCAACAACUGCAACAUCAGCAGCAGUUGCCGGCGAUCAGCAGCAGAGGGCAGCAAAUGCAAAUGUCAAAGCCACCACAGCAACAACAACAACAACAACAUUCAAAGGACAAACAGCGUGAGCAACAACAAGAACAACAACAACAACAGGGAGUGGGAAUUAAUGCCGACACCAAGAAAACUGAAAUUUCCGCUACUGAUGAAGGCAAAAAAGCAACGCGACGUCACAUUAGAAAUGCAGCACGCAGCAUUAGUGAAUGCGUUGCCAGCAGCGCCUCGGAUGAUGAGGCAGAGCAAAAGCAGAAGCAGGAGGCGCAGGAGGAUAUGGAUAUGGAGCUGUUGAGCGGCUCUGCGGAUGAUGAGUACGAUGGCUUUACAACAUUGUCACAACUAAAUGAAGCACAACAGACACAAUUGCAAUUGCCAAAUCCAACAUCAACAGCAACAACAACGACGACAAUUGAUAAACUGAUUGAUGCCGCAAAGCAUGAUGGCAAUGUUAGUUUAGUGUCUAAACCUCAGGCCGUGCAACAUCAGUCAUCGCUGCAGAAUCUGCUUGCAAGCAGCUCUGAUGACAGAUCACAACAUUUAAGUGACAUCGACAAUGAAUCCUUCAACAGCAUUGAUUUCGAUGCGGAAAUAACAAUUGCUGGCAUCAGAGAGCAACAGACAGCAGCAGCAGCAGCUGAGGCAGGAGCAACAACUGAAGCUCAGGAAUCAAUGGGAGAUGCAACAACAAUUGGCACAUUCUUCAACAAUUUGUUGUCACAUUCAAAUGCAGCCUCCGAGUCGGUCAGUAAGCUCUUUCGUCAAUCAAGUGGCACCAAAUCCACGCCUGCAAAGUCCGCAGCAACAGCCACUGAUAAAUCGGAUGCUGUCUCGACAGCUUCGCUGACGCUAUCGCUCAGCUCCUUGGCCAGCAGCAAUGUGACGGGUGCAGCAGAGCUGGAGCUGCAGUCAUCCAUAGCAGAGACGCCGACCACUAACGCGGAGGAUGCAGCUUCAGUUUCAGCUUCGGCCAGUGCAUCGUACACGGCAUCCACGGCACUCUUGAUGGAUACGCCAGCUGCCGCCGCAGAGUUGCAGCUGCGUCGCACACCCAAUGCUAAUCCCUUCUUGGCUGAGAGCUCGCCGCUCAAGCAAACUAUAGCUGGACACGCUCUAAUCCCCAUUGCAAUUGGCAGCCUGCUGGCGCAACCGAUGCUCUGCUACACCGGCCGACUGCUGGCGGCACGUUUUCUACUCAGCGGGCAAGCUGCCACACUGCAGCCAGACACGCUUUGCCGUGUGUCCAUCAAGAGUUUGUCGCUGUCUGUGAUUGCGCAAUGUGUGCGUCUGAUGCCGCCUGUGCUGCAAUUGCAGCUACAAAUCAGCGCCGAGGAGCUGCAGCUGCUUAGCGAGGCUAGCUGCGGCGAGAGCACACAAGCCUCCAGCCCUCAGGGCAGCAACGAUUCACAGCUCACUGAGACGCUACCAGCAGCGCUGUUGUCAGCAUCUACCGAGGCAGCUGAUGAACUGCUGCUGGACAUCAAAGAUGAUCACUUUGGGCCCAGCACCUACCCUGCCUACUUGCAGGAUGCGUCGAUGCUAAGCCGCAGCGCUGAUGCCACAAUGUUGCAGCAUCAGCUGCAAAGCGAGAGCAAGUCGGCGAAGCUAACACAAUCGGAGAUUAUUGGAAGCCCUUAUCGCGUUACGGUGGCAGCGGAAGAUACGCCGCCUCUGGCAGUGCCUCCGCGUCCUCCCAAGCGCACAAAAUCGUUGCGUUAUCGCAGCGCUGCUGCCGCUACAGCUGCAGCGCCUAUCACUGCUACUGCUACUGAUGCUGCUGCUGCUGCAGGGCAUCAAGCGCUGUCGGAUGUGCUGCUGUAUCAUGCACAUAGCGAUCCCAUUUUACGCGGCGGCGUUCAACAAAUCGUGGGCAACUUUCUGCAGGCAAGCGGCGCCGGUCGCUGUCUGCAGCUGGAGCGUCAGCUCGACUUGCCACACUUGCUGGCCAUUUUGUUAAAGGGCUUUGAGGACGACAUACACACAGUGGUCAUACAAGCGUUGAAUGCAUUCGAUAAGAUAUUUCCGCAUGUGGUGUCCAAAUAUUUGGCAGCGCCGCCAUGUCAUUAUCAUGCUCAUCAGAGACGACAGCAGCUGCAAGAGCAGCAGCAAAAGCAGAAGGAGCAGCAGCAGCCAAGUGGACAACAAAAGCAGCCCGGUCAGGCCCAAACAUUUGGCCAAGAAACUUUUGUAAAGAAGCUGGAUAAUGCCUUAAGCAGUCAGCAGCAGCAGCAGCAGCAGCAGCAGGACUAUCAGGAGCAGCAAGAAAAGCACUCUAACGAUGACAGCUUGAGGCCAGAUGAGUACAGGUCGUCCUCAGCGUCCGCCACUGAUAAUGAUGAGCUGCUUGCUGCUCUUUUGAAUGAUUUUCAAUUGCAAGCGCAACGCAUGCAGCAGAAACUCGGCAACAACAAUAGUCAGCAGCCUAAUGAUGAGCCCGCUGGUUGCUGCUGCGUCUUUGCAAUUUCACCCAAAUUGCUGCUGGACAAACUUCGUCUGUGUCAUUACAAUAGAUAUUGGUUGGUGCAGAAUAAAUAUGCCGAAGUUGUAUCAAAUUUAAAUUACAUACUGCUGCGUUCCUACUACGCAAAUAUCGAUGCUGCCUUUGAUAACAGCAGCAACGAGGACGACGAGGAGAACUCACAGGACAAUGGAAAUCAAAGCGAGGAUUGCCAUGCUCGUGCCUGCGCUUAUGACAUGGACAUUGUCUGCACUUAUGAGGCGCAAUUUUUGGACGAACUUGUGCAUUUUGUGGGCGAUGAUGAUGCGCGCGUACGCGAACAUGCUGCGCUCUGUUUAUGCCGCUUUAUAAUGCAAACGGCGCGUUGUCCGACGCAGACGCCAGGCCAACAAACAGCUGAGGAAGGCGGCAGCAGCAACAACAGUUACAUGAGCUUGGAAGCCCAACAAACUAAUUUCAAUUUGCUGUGGGAUUUUUUCGACUAUCGCACAUUUGGUAGCAUGUCCGUGACGCUGCGUAAUUUAUUUCGCGCUAGCUCAACUAUAGCCAUGCCUUUGGGCGAACCGGGUGAUGCCUGUGCCUGGGCAGAAAUGGAUAUACAAGUGAAUGCGGUUGCUGCUGCUGCUGGUGCUGCUGACGCCGCUACGGCGUCGGCCUACUUUGAUGGCAGUUACGGCGUUGGCAUUGCUGAUGGGCAUGUUUUUGCCAUUGGCGGAUAUCAACGUCAAAUAGCGCUGGAGGAAAAAGUUUUGGCCAAAGUUUUGUAUCGACUGACAAAUAAAUUGAUGACGCUCAAUGAUAAAAAUUUACAGCUGGGCAUCAUUUACACUCUGCGCGUGCUGUUAAAACACUUCAAUUUCGUAGACUAUCAACAUGCUUGGGCGGAAUUCAAUUUUAUAGAAAUUUGCAUGAGCCACGCCUACUUCAACAGCACAACAGCUGCGGACUUGAAUUGCCAAAACGAUUUGAUUGAUGUAAUGGCCAAACUAAUGGCAGGUUCUAUGUUAAGCUCUGGCUUGCCAGUGCCCAGCAAUCAGCUGGACUUUCUGCUGCAUCACAGUGUCAAGCUACUCAACAUCUAUUACCAUCUGGUCAGCAAUCAACGUCCAGUGACAGCAAACAGCAGUGGAAGUGGCACUAGCAGUGGCAGUGGCAGUGCCAAAGCAAUGGGAACCAAAGCAACGGGCAAGAGCGAACUCUUUACGUUGCAUAGCGCAAGUGGCAAGGAGCUGGCAAUGACGCUACAGGCAGCGGGUUACUUUGCCAGCGAUUACGUUUACAUGAAACUUUACAACAUUUUAAGAGGUGCUAAUGACAGCUACAAGAUAACCAUAAAUCACGAGGCUGGCGGCUUAUUAAUUUGCUUGCUGAAGAGUUGCCUCAACGCGCUGAGUGUCUGCCUAGAGGCCUCGCUUGCGUCGGCGUCGACGUCGACAGCUUCGCUGAAAUUAAUUGAAGAAAUUCUACAGUAUUUGGCGAGGCUCAUAAAUUAUGCGCCCGGCGAGUGCGUUGCAUGUCUGCGGCAACUGUUGAAAUAUUUAUUCGGCCAAAAUUAUGCGAGCCUCGUGCAGCGACAGCCCAACGGUUACCAUAAUGCAUUUGUGCGUCCCUAUUUUGCGGCCAAAUGUGGCAGAACCACAACAACAACAGCAACUAACACCACGACAACGACAACGACAGCGGCAACGGCAACAUCAACUGAACUGGGCGCACUCUUUGUUCAGGGCAUGGCGCCGGAUACGCCACCAGCGAGUGACUGUGUGCGGCUUAUAAAGCUGUUCGAGCCGCUGGUCAUCUACUGUUUGACGCUCUUUAUGAAGUCCAAUGCAUUGGUGCAAGCGCCCAUACUAAAGCUGCUCUCACAGCUGCUGGAUGUAAAUGUUACCUACAGCAUACUGGACUCCAAGAGCGUAAUAUUCGAGCAAAUACUGAGCAACUUGGAGCUGAUUGAAAAUGGAAUAGACAGAAAUGCUCACAUGCUCGUGCCUGUCAUGUUGAAAUUCCUCGUGCAGCUGACACACAAAAGCGAUCGCCAGCUCAUUACCAUACCGAAGAUCAUAAGCAUAACGAACAAUUUGCUUGCGAAUGGUGCCGUGCGCAAUGUGGCGCUGUUGGCAUUGAAAACGCUCAGCUACGAACUGUUCUUCAUGCAUCACAUUGCGGAGGAAUCGCUGGAGCAGCCUGACAAUGCUGCUGGCCGGCGUGCCAGCUGCCAAAGUCCAUUGACUGCUCAGCCCACGGCAGAGACAAAGGAGGCGCUGUUGGCGCAGCGACGCGAGCUGGACACGCAGAAGGAAGUGGUGCUGGGCAUGCUGGAGAAGUUCAUAGAGGCACGCGAUGUGCAACAGUUGCUGGCGCUGUUGCUGCUGUACGAGCGCAGCUUGCAGCAAUUGGAUGCGCCCAGCUAUCUGAGUGCACAGGACGCGAAUGUUAUUUAUGGCUUGCUGUGUCGCGCUCUGCGCGGCGGUCAACUGCGCGUGCAGACGUUGGGCGAGCUGCGUGUGCUCGAGAGUUGUUUUCGCAACAAUGGCAACUAUGUGCUGGCCGACAGCAAGGAAUUUCUGCAAUUGCUGCAACGCUUCAUUGAGCAGGACGUUGGCAACUUUGGUGAUUUAGCUGUGGCAAUGAUUACGCUGGCGCAUGUAAUCCUUAAAACCGAAGAGAUUUAUCUGGUGAAUCACAUCAAACUUUAUUUGAAAAAUAAUCCGCUGGCCGAGCGGCGUCUACAAGCUGAAGAUGCGGCAAUGACUGCUCCACUUGCCACAGCCUGGCAGGACGAGGCGCCCACAACAUCUUCCGCCGCGGCAGCAGCGCGCGCUGCUGCGCAUCCCAGGCCACGUCCAGCCAUCAGCGAAAUUAACUACUUUGCCAAAGUUCUGAGCGAGAAGCUCUUAGACUGUCUGGCUGCUCUGCUGGAUGUAGGCGCAGUGAGCCACGCCUACUGCCAGCUGGCCGCCAGAUUCGUUAACGCGCUGAACAGCGUUUGCUGUCGUUCGCGGCACAAGGAUGCGCUGCAAUCAGUUUUUCGUUUGGUUCUGUCCGAAUCUGAAUUUCUUUGUAAAUACUACAAUAUGCUCUGGAUCUGUGCCGACGCAGCGGUGGCAACGUCAGAGGCUCUGGAGCUGGUGCUGCUGGAGUGUGUGCAACUGCUGCUGGAUAUGCGAAUGGUGGAGCCGACAUUGCUGCUGAUGCAGGCGGCCGAGCUGCCGCUCAAGUGGAGUAUGCAGCGCGAAAUAUUGCGCCAAGUUUGUCUGGCAACUGCGGCGAACGAUUGGACUGUGCAACAAGUGCGUCGCCUGUUUGCGGGCAAGUAUCUGAAUUUCCUAAUUGCCGACCACUUGGAAUUCCUUUGCGAGCUCUGUCAAGUGCGUCCCGAGUGCAGCUCAUUAUUGCAGUCCGCCUUGCUGCGGCACGCGCACAAGUUGAAUCGCCACUCGGUGCGCGCUUUGUUGAGCCUGCUCUGGCGUCUCUGUGAAUGCCGCCGCGAGCAGCUUUCAUCUGGCUGCAACGAUGUUGCCGCUGCCACGCUGCUGGCGCUGCAGCUACUCUGCCGUCUACAUCAGCUACACGCCGGGCAGCGUGAAUUGGAACUGCCCAUGGAGCGUCUAGCGCGCCGCUUAACCUCGCACUCCAGCUCAGCCGUUAGGAGCAGCAUCUACGAGCGUCUUCUGCGUGGUGAACUGGCUGGCGAUGAGGAUCAUGAUGAGUUCCGUACCAUGCUACUGCAGCAACUGGAGCUCGAGUGGCCGCCACACAAUGGAGGCGGAGCUGAUGUGGCAGCGACGUCCUCGGCGCUGUCGUCGUCUUCGCCGCGCAUAAUUGAUGAGAACUGGCUCUUUGCACAGGUAAUCAAAUUUGCCACACAGCACUCGGAGGCGGCACAGCAGCAGCAGCAGUUGAUGCAGCUGCUGCUCGAGAUACAGUCGGAGCCCAAGUUGCUGCGCCUCUUGCGCAGUCUGGGCCCAGCGCAGGGGGCGCGUCUGCUGCAACACGCACUAAAGGCUGCAUUCGCCGCCAUGUUGUGCCACUUCAGGCAGCAGUGCGUACAACAUGCGCCGCACAUCAACUACAUGCAACUGCCCGCGUUGGCGCGUGUGGCCUGCGCGCUGCUCUACACGCGGCUGCAAGCAGCGUGCGAAACGCCGCGUUUGGAUGCGGAGCAGCUGGACGUGGCAAGCGCUGUCUGCAACUUGUUGCAAGGCAUACGAUUGAUAGAGCGCAGCGCUUUGAUUUACAUUGACGCCAAGCAGUUGGAUAAAUUCGUGGCUGAGCAAUUGCUGCGUCCAGAGCAGCUGUCAACGCUGCUGUGCUACAUGCGCUGCCUGUUGCAGGCAGCAGACCAACUGUUGCAGCAGCAGCAGCAGCAGCAACUGGCGCUCGAAGUGCUGCUACGCUGUCUCGCUGCUCUGUUGCAAGAGCCACGCCUCUGGUCGGCGCUCAACUCAAACUCCGAGGCCUGCAAUACUUGUGAGCUGCGUGUGGCAUUGCUGCACUUGCUCAACCGCUGCGCGCGACGUCUGCUGCAACACACCAGUUUCUAUCAACGCUUUCGACCAGGCAGCAGCACUCGAGUGGCGCCACAGGCAAUUUUCCUAGCCAAAUUGAUUGCAACGCAAAUUGAUGGCGAUUGCGAUGAGUUGGCACAACUACAAGCGCCGUUGUCGCUCAUCGCGGACAUUGGCAGCGCGCUGCUGCGCUUGCAUCAGUUUUAUGCCUACGCCGUCACACCCUUUGAGCUCAUGCAGCAGCAACAGGCCGACGACAACGACGAGAGCAAGAGUAGCGCUGGCAAGCUGCCCACAAUACCUGUGGAUAGUUUGAGUGAUGUCGAUGUGCUGCGUCAAUUUGUCAAACGGCUAUCAAUUUUUGGCUACACCACAAGGCAGCAGUUUGAGGAAUACUUUAUGACCUUCCUGCUGCUGAUUAACAAACAGUAUGAUGAGCAUAUGGUUGAUCAGCAGGAACAGUUCCAGAUCAGGCAGGUCUGCCUGCAGGCCAUCAUGGAACUUUUAACCACACACAAAACUUUUCCCAUUGUCGGACAACGCAGCAGCCAGUUUUAUCACACAACACGCUGGCAACGCAUCAAUUGUGACAGCAUUAGCUUAAAGAAACUGCACAAAGUGCAGCUGCUUGUGGAUGCAAGCAAUGUGUUUUAUCUGCCCAAUCUGGAGCGGCAGCUGGCAACGGAUAAUGUGAUUGGCACAUACGACUUUGGGGCCAAUCAAUGUGAUCUCAAUUUCUGUUGGGCACAAAUGGAAGCAUACGCACAGCCAGCCACAGCGCCUGGCAGCGCCGAGGGACUCGGCAGCGAGGAGUCGGACAGCGGCAGCGGCGAACUGGGACAGCGACAGACGUCGAGCGUGACAGACACAUUGUGGCGGAACUACAGACACUUUGCGCGCAUGUCGGGCAUUGACUUUCGCAGCAGCGCGCAGUUGGUGUUCGAUGUGCUGCAGCAGAUGAUCGAGUUGAAUCACAUGCUCGUGCUGCCGAAUCUAGUUAAGUUUUGUGAAAUCUGCGAGAGUCGGGAUCAAAUCAAGUGGAUCAAGGAGCGGGCGCUGCGGCUGCACGACCAAAUUGCCAUGGACGAUACCAUAUCGCAUCAGCACAUAAUCUACUUGCUGUGCCGCAGCCAGGCCCUGCUGAUUCCCAGCUACGCUGAGCUGCAACACUUGGCCACCCUGAUUGGCAACGUCUACUUGAAGAGCUCGCAUUGCUUCAUACGCAUUGCGGCGCUGCAGGGUUUGGUUUGUCUAUUAGAGUGCUGCAGUCGCACCAACACAGCUAUGGGCAAACUGAGCGAUGAACUGGCGCUGCUACGUGACUUAAUUGUGGGCUACAUAAAUCGUCAUGGCAUCAUUGAUGAGAGCCCAUUGCAGUUUAGUUUGGAGCAUACGAAGCUGGUGUGGACGCUCAAUUACAGCCUGAUCGAAUGGACAUCAAAGUUUGUGCCGCAAUGCCAUUUGCUCAACAACACAAUUAUUGCAGCCAGCAAGCUGCUGAAGACAACACACAACGACCAACUCUAUCUGUGCGUGCUACACGGACUCGAGCGCCUGGUGGUCAACAGCGGCAGUGGCAGUGGUGGCACUGCAACAGCGCCUAUCGCCACAGCCACAGCUACGGCCACAGCAACAACAAGUGAGUCAAGCGGAAGUAGCAGCGGAGCUGGAGACACUGGGGGCGAUGCUGUGGUCACAGCACUGUUGCGACAUAAAAUUGAAAAACUUGCGCUCGAAUUGCUGAAAAUGGAAAAUGAGAAAUUUUCAAUUCCAGCAUUGAAAUUGCUUUUGUCCUGCAUGUAUGUGGGCUCCGCUACACAGUUGGAGAACACAGAGCUGUCAAAUGGCAUUGUGCAGGAUGAUCCGGAGAUAAUCGCGCUGCAAAAUGAUAAGGUUGAUAUACUAUUGCAUUGUAUUAAAUCAUCGAGUCGAGACGCUGCCUGGAUUUAUGGACAAGUGCUGUGCCAAAUUAUACGUGAUUUAGUGCCACCAAAUGAAAUAUUGACGAAGGUCAUAAAGGAGUUUCUGGCAAUAAAUCAACCGCAUGGCGAUGUUAUUGCCACGAUUGUAUAUCAGGUGUUUCGCUCAGCCAUUGACUCGUCGUACCUGCAAAUGCUGCAGGACUGGCUGAUCUGCACGCUGCCAACGUUUUUGGCACAGCCUGUGCAUCAAGGUGUCUGGGGUCUCAGCGUCAUCUUUUUAUCCGCUUCCAUAAAUCUGCAUUUGAUUAAACUAUUUCCGCUGGUGCUCGGCAUUGGUGUGGCAACGCCAACUGCGACUGCCACUGCGACUGCAACAGCGACUACAACUACGCGCAAAUUGGGUCAACACGAAAUUGCAUUGUUCGUGACAGCUGCACAAGAUUUCCAUGCGAAAUUGAGUGCCGAGCAGAAGUUGCGCUUUCGCGAGGCCUUUGGCAACUAUGAGCAGCAUCAAGUCUACGCCUGGAUGCUGCAGCGCCUCUGAUAAGCGCUUGAGAUACGCGUGUGGCGCCCGAAACCCACAAUGGAUUCGCAAUGGAGUCGCAGCGGCUUGUCCCAACCCAAAAAGUUACAACCCAAAGGCAAGCGCAAGCGUGAAUAACUAAUUGCCAGCCACGCAACCUCGCGCAACAAAGUUCAAGCGGAUGUCCUUCUUCGUCCAGCAUCGUUACAGCAGCAGAAACUUCUUUAAUAGUUUGCGAAUACAAAAUUAAUUUAUGGUUUACAUUAUAUGUAACUAAUAUUUAAAUUAUUGCCGCCGCAUAACCUAACCUACACCCACCUCCCAUCUGCGCAUCACUCGAAACUUUAACGACUAACAAUUAAUUCUUGGCACGCCCUCCCACAGCCGCCUUCAUUUGGAAAAUUGUGCUCUUGUUAGUUUCUCGUAAAGUUUCUGAGCUGCCUAUGCACGGCAACUUGGCUUGUUAGACGUUUAAAUAAAAAUGUAUCCUCCUAGCAAGCUUAAGUAGUCAUUAGUAUGCGACUUAAUCAAUUCUUAGAGUAUUUAAUUAAACAAACUUUCAUGGCGCCUUAAACAUAUUAUAUCCAAAUAUAAGAUAUUCACAUUUUAAACACUACUGUAUUGU